CCUCUCCUCCCCUCUCCUCCUCCACCCUUCAUCCAACUGCGAACGCGUGAAUGGGGACCCAUUACAAAACAGCGUCUUGCAGCUCAGCUGUCAACAGUCCACUCAACCUUAUCUCCCUGAGCAAGCAGUCAUCGGUCGCCGUUCAGAUCUUUGAAUUUAAAAAAAACAACAUUGUACACCAUGCGAUGAGAACGUCACGAAGACAUUGUUGAUAUUUAGGUUUGAAAAGAAGAAGAAGAAGAAGAAAAGAGACGAUGCCUGGUGAAACGCCGCCGCUCCACCAGCGCGCCACUAUUGCAGGCCAUCUGAAACCACAACAAUAGAGAUAUAAUGCCGGGCUUGAGCGUCGUAUGCAGCGCCGUUAUUGUCCUGUUCGGAGCGGUUUGCAGCGUGUUCAUAUUCUGUGAGUAUCUGAUUUAUUACGCCGCGAUAUUACAGUGUGGUUGGCCGGGAAUCGACCAUGGUGCGCCGGCGGCUGACAAGAGCGCAGACGGGAAGCCAAAUGCGGAGGUUCUCCGCGCUAUGGUGCUUUCAGACACGCACCUCCUCGGCGCUGUCGGAGGGCACUGGUUCGACAAACUGCGAAGAGAAUGGCAGAUGGAACGGGCUUUCCAGACCGCCCUGGCACUGCUCCGACCCGAGGUCGUUUUUAUUCUGGGAGACGUGUUCGAUGAGGGGAAGUGGAGCUCUCCAAAGAACUGGGAGGAUGAUGUCUGUCGUUUCCAGAAGAUGUUCAGACACCCCAGAGACACAGAACUGGUAGUUCUGGUUGGAAACCACGACAUCGGCUUCCACUACGAAAUGGACUGGUUCAAGUUACAGCGCUUUGAGAAGGCCUUCAACACCACCUCCACCAGAAUGGUCACCAAGAAAGGAGUAAACUUCCUAUUGGUUAACAGCGUGGCGUUGCAUGGUGACGGCUGUCCAAUCUGCCAAUCAGUGGAGAAACAGCUGUACACACUGUCCAGGAACCUCAACUGUUCAUUACUACAGAAUUCCCAGUCCAGGAUUAUUAAUGAAUUCUGCCGAGACGCAUGGACCUAUCCUCCUACACCACCCAUUAUCCUGCAGCAUUACCCUCUGUACCGGGCGAGUGAUUCAGGCUGCACGGGUCGGGAUGCUGCUCCUCCUGAAGAGCGCCACCUGCUGUUCAGAGAGAAGUAUGACGUGCUGUCUCAGGAGGCCUCUCACAGGCUGCUGCAAUGGUUUAAGCCCCGCCUGGUUCUCAGUGGCCACACCCACAGCGGCUGUCAGGUUCUCCAUGACAACCAGUACCCGGAGAUCAGUGUUCCGUCCUUCAACUGGAGGAACCGCAACAACCCCAGUUUCCUUCUGGGUUCUUUCUCUCCAAGUGGUUACGGCCUGUCUAAGUGUUUCCUUCCAGAGGAGAGUACAGUGAUAGCCCUGUACUGUUCUACCGGAGCCAGCCUCCUCCUCCUCCCUCUGGUCCACUGCCUGUGGAUAAGAGGUCUUCUCCGGUGCCUCAACUUCUGUCCCAUCAGCAAACACAAGUCUCUCUGAUCGUCUCAGGUAGAGGUUGUCCCUGACUGCUGAAUGAUACAGGGUCAGAUACUGAAUGCUGUCGUCCCUGUCAUGCAGAGAGGUGGCUACGCUGUCAUCCCUGCCAUGCAGAGAGGUGGCUACGCUGUCAUCCCUGUCAUACAGAGAGGUGGCUACGCUGUCAUCCCUGUCAUACAGAGAGGUGGCUAUGCUGUCGUCCCUGUCACGCAGAGAGGUGGCUACGCUGUCGUCCCUGUCAUGCAGAGAGGUGGCUAUGCUGUCGUCCCUGUCACGCAGAGAGGUGGCUACGCUGUCAUCCCUGUCAUACAGAGAGGUGGCUACGCUGUCAUCCCUGCCAUGCAGAGAGGUGGCUACGCUGUCAUCCCUGUCAUACAGAGAGGUGGCUACGCUGUCGUCCCUGUCACGCAGAGAGGUGGCUAUGCUGUCAUCCCUCUCAUGCAGAGAGGUGGCUACGCUGUCGUCCCUGUCAUGCAGAGAGGUGGCUAUGCUGUCAUCCCUGUCAUGCAGAGAGGUGGCUAUGCUGUCAUCCCUGUCAUGCAGAGAGGUGGCUAUGCUGUCAUCCCUGUCAUACAGAGAGGUGGCUACGCUGUCAUCCCUGUCAUACAGAGAGGUGGCUAUGCUGUCAUCCCUGUCAUACAGAGAGGUGGCUACGCUGUCAUCCCUGUCAUACAGAGAGGUGGCUACGCUGUCAUCCCUGUCAUACAGAGAGGUGGCUACGCUGUCAUCCCUCUCAUACAGAGAGGUGGCUAUGCUGUCAUCCCUGUCAUACAGAGAGGUGGCUAUGCUGUCAUCCCUCUCAUGCAGAGAGGUGGCUAUGCUGUCAUCCCUCUCAUGCAGAGAGGUGGCUAUGCUGUCGUCCCUGUCACGCAGAGAGGUGGCAGACGCUCCUACCGGUACCUGCUUCACACUAUAGAACCGAACCGUACUCUGCUGGCUCAGAUAUUUUAAUUUGUCCAAUUGUCCUUUUCCAGUAUGGUUCCAGCAACUAUGAUUGUUGCAUUACCAGGCUCGCCCAGUACAGCUCUACUCGGGUUAGUAGUGUGAAAAGGGUAAAGAUUUCUCCCAGGGGUAGCGUUGACCAAUCUGAUUCUAGAUCUGUAGUUAAGGACAGCUUCUACCUGGAGAGCACCUGUGUGUUGGAAUCACGUUGGCUCUAUUCAUUCUAUUUCUAUCUGCAACGUUUGGCUAGGGAAUGUGGUGCAGGAAAUACGGUGGCAACCGCCCCUCUGAAAAGUAUUAAAGUUCACCGUCUCCCAUCUGGGGCCUGUAUUCAUUAAACCAUCUCAGAGCUGAUCUAGGAUCAGGCUAUUCCCUGUCCAUGUCAUCUCAUUCAUUAUGAUCUCAAAAGGCUAAACUGAUCCUAGGUCAGCAGUCCUACUCUGGAGGAAGGUUUAUGACGACAGGCUCUGAUCUCUACGGAAGUCAGAAGUCUGAUACAAGACAUGGAAGCGUAUGUCUUCAACCAGCAUUUGAUGUACAGUAUUUAAAGACACACACACACACACACACACACACACACACACACACACACACACACACACACACACACACACACACACACACACACACACACACACACACACACACACACACACACACACACCUCUUAUGGUCCUAAUGUGUUCAUGUGCUUCUUUAAAGACCGUUGUUUAACGGCAGUUUUUUUCCCCCUGUGUAAAAUCCCUGAUGUAAAUACUAAUAAAAAGCAGAUUAUUUGUCAACA